GCAUAAGAGCCCUUCAGGAAAGACUACAUCCCCCAGCAAGCUCCGCGGGAGGCGGACCUGUCCCCUCCGGAGACGCAUGCGCGGUUCGGUGCCGUGCCCCCACGUGGGACUGGGGGGGGUGGAACCCUUAUUCUUCGGUAAAAGAGCGAGGCUGUCCCAGCGGGUCCGCAGGGAGCGAAGUGCAGAGCCUCGCGGCGAGUGGUGAAGGGCAGCCAUGGCCACCCUGAUAAAGCGAAUAAUCAGCACCUCGAGGGCACCGGCUGUAAUGGGCCCCUACAGUCAAGCAGUGCUGAUAGACCGGACCAUGUAUAUCGCAGGACAGCUAGGCAUGGAUCCUUCUAGUGGCCAGCUUGUGCCUGGAGGGGCAAAAGAAGAAGCUAAACAGGCUCUAAAAAAUAUAGGGGAAAUCCUGAAAGCUGCAGACUGCGACUACUGCAAUGUUGUAAAGACUACUGUGUUGAUGGCUGACAUGAAGGACUUCAGUGAUAUUAAUGAAAUCUACAAGCAGUUUUUCAGGAGUAACUUCCCAGCCAGAGCGGCCUACCAGGUUGUUGCUUUGCCAAAUAAUGCUCGAGUUGAGAUUGAAGCUGUAGCCAUCCAGGGACCAAUCCAAGAGGCAUCAGCAUGACUAUAAAUACAGUACUCUAAUACACUACUAACUGUGUCUGAGGCUUAGGCCCUGUUCCUGCAAUUGGCUGCCUGUGGGCUCACCCCCUUGGAAGCUCCAUGGAAUUGCACCUUUGCACAGUCAGUUGCAGGAUCUUACAUUCUCUAAAACCCCAAUCAUGUAAUGAACUCUGUGCAGGCAGAUCCCUGUGCCCAUGUGUAGCCCUAUUGUCAUCAAUGGGGCUCUGCGCUGGUUUCAGGGUUUGUCUGUACUCAUUGCAGGACUGGGGCCUUAGUCUGUAGUGGUGGCUGGGUAUUGUCACUUUCCUAAAAGGUUGUUUCAGGUAAGGUUAUCCAAUAAUGAACAAACUCUCAAAAUAUAUGGAAGCAGGGAAUUGCAUUGGUGGUAACGUGAUAGCAGAACUGAUAGUAUAUGCUGUAACCUUUAGAAAUCCUGCUAGCACUCUAGCUAUAAAUGAUAGGCCUGGGUUUUUAAUACAUCACUUAAUAUUUUUAUAAAUGAGCUGGAGUUCAUGCAUUUCUAACUAUAGAAAACCUGAUUCGCUGCAGCACAGAAGUGAAAAUACAUAUUUAGGGAUUCACUGUAUGAGCUUUGAACACCUGAAGUGUUUUAUUAGAUCAGGGGUCUCAAACUCAAAUGACCCACGAGGGCCACAUGAGGACUAGUACAUUGGCCUGAGGGCUGCAUCAGUGGACUCCCCCAUUGCCCUGCCCCUGCCCCCACUCCACCCCUUCCAUGAGGCCCUGCCCCUGCCCCAUAUCUUCCCAGCCCCCAUUCCAACCUCUUACCUGAAAUUCCCACCCCAACUCUGCCCCCUCCCUGCCCCCAGGGGUGCAGGAGGGAUGUGGGGUGCGGCAGGGGGCUCAGGGCAGGGGGUCUGGGUGCAGGAGGGGGUGGGCUCCAGCCCGGCACACACCAGGACAGGGCAGGCUCCCUGCCCUGACCCUGCGCCGCUCCAGGAAGCGGCUGGAACCUGGGGGAGGGGGACACAGGGGUCUGUGUGUUGCCCUGGCUGCGCCUCCAGGCACUGCCCCCCCACAGCUCCCAUUGGCUGGGAACAGGGAACCGUGGCCAAUGGGAGCUUAAGGGGAGGUACCUGGGGGCGCGGCCAGGGCAACACACAGACCCCUGUGCCCCCCUUCCCCAGGUCCUGGCCACUUCCCGGAGCGGCAGGGCAGGCAGGUGGGGAGCCUGUCCUUGCCCCCAGUGCGCACCAGGCUGGACCGGGCCAGAGCUGCUGUAGGUAAACACUAUGGCGGCCGCGGGGAGCUGGUGGGCCACAGAAAAUAACCCCACGGGCCACAUGUUUGAGACCCCUGGAUUGGACCUAUAUCUCUAGAUCUGAUUAUCUUUGCUUUUCUUGAAAGAGUCACUUCUAACACACACGACUUCACGGAAGUGUGAGUAACUCAUGUAAAUCAGUUGAAAAUUAAUGUUUUAUUUGAAUGUUUAAUGAAGAUUAAUGUUUUGUUUAGCACAGCGUCAAGUACCUGAUGGCCUACAAAUAUAACUUUGAAUUACCUUGUUCAUUUUAAUUAAAGAUAAUUAGACACAUUCUAGCUUUGGGGAAAAUAUGUACUAUCUAAUGGGAAUAAACCAUAAUUGCAUGUA